CCUUCCUGAGCUGCCAUUAGUAGUCUGCAGCCAUGAGUUCCGACGCCGAGAUGGCUGUGUUUGGGGAGGCGGCCCCUUACCUCCGCAAGUCUGAAAAGGAGCGAAUUGAAGCUCAGAACAAGCCUUUUGAUGCCAAGAAUUCUGUCUUUGUGGUGGACGCUAAGGAGUCCUAUGUGAAAAGCACAGUUCAAAGCCGGGAAGGGGGGAAAGUGACUGUGAAGACAGAGGGUGGCGCUACUGUCACAGUUAAGGAGGACCAAGUCUUCUCUAUGAACCCUCCAAAAUAUGACAAGAUCGAGGACAUGGCCAUGAUGACCCACCUGCACGAGCCCGCUGUGCUGUACAACCUCAAAGAGCGUUACGCAGCCUGGAUGAUCUACACCUACUCAGGGCUCUUCUGUGUCACCGUCAACCCCUACAAGUGGCUGCCGGUGUACAACCCCGAGGUGGUGGCUGCCUACAGAGGCAAAAAGCGCCAGGAGGCCCCGCCCCACAUCUUCUCCAUCUCUGACAACGCCUAUCAGUUCAUGCUGACUGAUCGCGAGAACCAGUCAAUCCUGAUUACCGGAGAAUCUGGAGCAGGGAAGACUGUGAACACGAAACGUGUCAUCCAGUAUUUUGCAACAAUUGCAAUUACUGGAGAGAAGAAAAAAGAGGAACCCACUCCUGGCAAAAUGCAGGGAACCCUUGAAGAUCAAAUCAUCAGUGCCAACCCCCUGCUGGAGGCCUUCGGCAACGCCAAGACCGUGAGGAAUGACAACUCCUCCCGCUUUGGUAAAUUUAUCAGAAUCCAUUUUGGUGCCACAGGCAAACUGGCUUCUGCAGAUAUUGAAACAUAUCUGCUAGAGAAAUCUCGAGUUACCUUCCAGCUGAAGGCUGAAAGAAGCUACCACAUAUUUUAUCAAAUCAUGUCCAAUAAGAAACCAGAGCUUAUUGAAAUGCUUCUGAUCACCACCAACCCCUAUGACUUUGCCUUUGUCAGUCAAGGCGAAAUCACUGUGCCCAGCAUUGAUGAUCAGGAAGAGCUGAUGGCCACAGAUAGUGCUGUGGACAUCCUGGGCUUCAGCUCUGACGAAAAGGUAGCCAUUUACAAGCUAACUGGAGCUGUGAUGCAUUAUGGAAACCUGAAAUUCAAGCAAAAGCAAAGGGAAGAACAGGCUGAGCCAGAUGGCACUGAAGUUGCUGACAAAGCUGCCUAUCUGACAAGUCUGAACUCUGCUGACCUGCUCAAAGCCCUCUGCUACCCCAGGGUCAAGGUCGGCAACGAGUACGUCACCAAAGGCCAGAAUGUUCAACAGGUGUACAAUGCAGUGGGCGCUCUGGCCAAAGCCAUCUACGAGAAGAUGUUCCUGUGGAUGGUGACCCGCAUCAACCAGCAGCUGGACACCAAGCAGCCCAGGCAGUACUUCAUCGGGGUCUUGGACAUUGCAGGCUUUGAAAUUUUUGAUUUCAACAGCCUGGAGCAGCUGUGCAUCAACUUCACCAACGAGAAACUGCAGCAGUUUUUCAACCACCACAUGUUCGUGCUGGAGCAGGAGGAGUACAAGAAGGAAGGCAUCGAGUGGGAGUUCAUUGACUUUGGCAUGGACCUGGCUGCCUGCAUUGAGCUCAUUGAGAAGCCCAUGGGCAUCUUCUCCAUCCUGGAAGAGGAGUGCAUGUUCCCCAAGGCCACAGACACCUCCUUCAAGAACAAGCUGUAUGAACAGCACCUGGGCAAGUCCAACAACUUCCAGAAGCCUAAGCCUGCCAAAGGCAAGGCUGAGGCCCACUUCUCGCUGGUGCACUAUGCGGGCACCGUGGACUACAACAUCGCUGGCUGGCUGGACAAGAACAAGGACCCCCUGAACGAGACUGUGGUGGGGCUCUACCAGAAGUCUGCAAUGAAGACUCUGGCUUUCCUCUUCUCUGGAGCACAAACUGGUGAAGCAGGUAAUUUUAAACAUCAUGGCGGUGGCGGUGGAAAGAAAGGCGGCAAGAAGAAGGGUUCUUCUUUCCAGACCGUGUCUGCUCUUUUCAGGGAGAAUUUAAAUAAGCUGAUGACCAACCUGAGGAGCACUCACCCCCACUUUGUACGUUGCCUCAUUCCCAAUGAAACUAAGACUCCUGGUGCCAUGGAGCAUGAGCUGGUCCUGCACCAGCUGAGGUGCAACGGUGUGCUGGAGGGCAUCCGCAUCUGCAGGAAAGGAUUCCCAAGCAGAAUCCUCUACGCUGACUUCAAGCAGAGAUACAAGGUGUUGAAUGCAAGUGCAAUCCCUGAGGGUCAGUUCAUUGACAGCAAGAAGGCUUCUGAGAAACUCCUUGGGUCCAUCGACAUUGACCACACCCAGUACAAAUUUGGUCACACCAAGGUUUUCUUCAAAGCUGGCUUGUUGGGACUUCUAGAGGAGAUGCGAGAUGAAAAACUGGCUCAACUCAUCACACGCACUCAAGCCAUAUGCAGAGGUUACCUGAUGAGAGUGGAGUUUAAGAAGAUGAUGGAGAGGAGGGAGUCCAUCUUCUGCAUCCAGUACAAUGUCCGUGCCUUCAUGAACGUCAAGCACUGGCCCUGGAUGAAGCUCUACUUCAAGAUCAAGCCCCUCCUGAAGAGUGCGGAGACCGAGAAGGAGAUGGCCAACAUGAAGGAAGAAUUUGAAAAAACCAAAGAAGACCUGGCUAAGUCAGAGGCAAAGAGGAAGGAACUGGAGGAAAAGAUGGUGGCUCUGAUGCAAGAGAAAAAUGACCUGCAACUCCAAGUUCAAUCUGAAGCAGAUGGCUUGGCUGAUGCAGAGGAAAGGUGUGACCAGUUGAUCAAAACCAAAAUCCAACUGGAAGCCAAGAUCAAAGAGCUAACUGAGAGAGCUGAGGAUGAGGAAGAGAUCAAUGCUGAGCUGACGGCCAAGAAGAGGAAGCUGGAGGAUGAGUGCUCAGAGCUCAAGAAGGACAUCGAUGACCUUGAGCUGACCCUGGCCAAGGUUGAAAAGGAGAAGCAUGCCACAGAGAACAAGGUGAAAAACCUCACAGAGGAGAUGGCAGGCCUGGAUGAGAACAUUGCCAAGCUGACCAAGGAGAAGAAGGCCCUCCAAGAGGCCCACCAGCAGACCCUGGAUGACCUGCAGGCAGAGGAGGACAAAGUCAACACCCUGACCAAAGCUAAAACCAAGCUCGAGCAGCAAGUGGAUGAUCUUGAAGGGUCUCUGGAACAAGAAAAGAAACUUCGCAUGGAUCUGGAACGAGCCAAGAGGAAACUGGAGGGAGACCUGAAGCUGGCCCAGGAAUCCACAAUGGAUAUAGAAAAUGACAAGCAGCAACUUGACGAGAAACUCAAAAAGAAGGAGUUUGAGAUGAGCAAUCUGCAAAGUAAGAUUGAAGAUGAACAGGCCCUUGGAAUGCAGCUGCAGAAGAAGAUCAAGGAGUUGCAGGCCCGCAUCGAGGAGCUGGAGGAGGAGAUCGAGGCUGAGAGGGCCUCCAGGGCCAAGGCAGAGAAGCAGCGCUCUGACCUCUCCCGGGAACUGGAGGAGAUCAGCGAGCGGCUGGAAGAAGCUGGCGGGGCCACUUCUGCCCAGAUUGAGAUGAACAAGAAGCGGGAGGCUGAGUUCCAGAAAAUGCGCAGGGACCUGGAGGAGGCCACCCUGCAGCACGAAGCCACGGCGGCUGCUCUGAGGAAGAAGCACGCGGACAGUGUGGCUGAGCUCGGGGAGCAGAUCGACAACCUGCAGCGGGUCAAGCAGAAGCUGGAGAAGGAGAAGAGCGAGCUCAAGAUGGAGAUUGAUGACCUUGCUAGUAACAUGGAGACCGUCUCCAAAGCCAAGGGAAAUCUCGAGAAAAUGUGCCGCACUCUAGAGGAUCAGCUCAGCGAAGUGAAAACCAAAGAGGAAGAGCAGCAGCGCCUCAUAAACGAGCUCUCGGCCCAGAAGGCGCGUUUACACACAGAAUCAGGUGAGUUUUCACGGCAGCUAGAUGAAAAAGAUGCCAUGGUGUCUCAGCUAUCCCGAGGCAAGCAAGCAUUUACACAACAGAUUGAGGAAUUAAAGCGGCAGCUAGAGGAAGAGACUAAGGCCAAGAAUGCCCUGGCCCACGCCUUGCAGUCGGCCCGCCACGACUGUGACCUGCUGCGGGAGCAGUAUGAGGAGGAGCAGGAAGCCAAGGCUGAGCUGCAGAGGGCGAUGUCCAAGGCCAACAGCGAGGUUUCCCAGUGGAGGACCAAAUACGAGACGGACGCCAUCCAGCGCACGGAGGAGCUGGAGGAGGCCAAGAAGAAGCUGGCCCAGCGUCUUCAGGAUGCUGAGGAACAUGUGGAAGCUGUGAAUUCCAAAUGCGCUUCUCUUGAAAAGACAAAGCAGAGGCUACAAAAUGAAGUGGAGGACCUCAUGAUUGAUGUGGAGAGGUCUAAUGCUGCCUGCGCAGCUCUGGACAAGAAGCAAAGGAACUUUGACAAGGUUCUGGCAGAGUGGAAACACAAGUACGAGGAAACUCAGGCUGAACUUGAGGCCUCCCAGAAGGAGUCCCGUUCUCUUAGCACAGAGGUGUUCAAGGUGAAGAAUGCCUAUGAGGAAUCCUUGGAUCACCUUGAAACUCUAAAGAGGGAGAAUAAGAACUUGCAGCAGGAGAUUUCUGACCUGACUGAGCAAAUUGCAGAAAGUGGAAAGCACAUUCACGAACUGGAGAAAAUAAAGAAGCAGAUUGACCAAGAGAAGAGUGAGCUGCAGGCCGCCCUGGAGGAGGCGGAGGGAUCUCUUGAGCAUGAAGAAGGCAAAAUUCUUCGCAUCCAACUUGAGUUGAAUCAGGUGAAAUCUGAGAUUGACAGAAAAAUUGCUGAAAAAGAUGAAGAAAUUGAUCAGCUAAAGAGAAACCACCUCAGAGUUGUGGAGUCCAUGCAGAGCACGCUGGAUGCAGAGAUCAGGAGCAGAAAUGAUGCCCUGAGGAUCAAGAAGAAGAUGGAGGGAGACCUCAAUGAGAUGGAGAUCCAGCUGAACCACGCCAACCGCCAGGCUGCUGAGGCAAUAAGGAAUCUCAGGAACACACAAGGAAUCCUGAAGGACACUCAACUACAUCUGGAUGACGCCGUCAGAGGCCAAGAUGACCUUAAAGAGCAACUGGCCAUGGUUGAGCGCAGAGCUAACCUGAUGCAGGCUGAGAUUGAAGAGCUCAGGGCAUCCCUGGAACAGACCGAGAGGAGCAGGAGAGUGGCAGAGCAAGAGUUGCUGGAUGCCAGUGAGCGUGUGCAGCUCUUGCACACUCAGAACACCAGCCUGAUCAACACCAAGAAGAAGCUGGAGACCGACAUUUCCCAGAUCCAGGGAGAGAUGGAGGACAUCGUCCAGGAAGCCCGCAACGCGGAGGAGAAGGCCAAGAAGGCCAUCACUGAUGCGGCCAUGAUGGCGGAGGAGCUGAAGAAGGAGCAGGACACCAGCGCCCACCUGGAGCGCAUGAAGAAGAACCUGGAGCAGACGGUGAAGGACCUGCAGCACCGCCUGGACGAGGCCGAGCAGCUGGCGCUCAAGGGCGGCAAGAAGCAGAUCCAGAAGCUGGAGGCCAGGGUGAGGGAGCUUGAAAAUGAAGUGGAAAGUGAACAGAAGCGCAACGUGGAGGCCGUCAAGGGCCUGCGCAAACAUGAGAGAAGAGUGAAGGAACUCACUUACCAGACGGAGGAGGACCGCAAGAAUGUUCUGAGGCUGCAGGACUUGGUGGACAAACUGCAAACCAAAGUUAAAGCCUACAAGAGACAGGCUGAGGAGGCUGAGGAGCAAUCCAACGUCAACCUCUCCAAAUUCCGCAAGCUCCAGCACGAGCUGGAGGAGGCCGAGGAGAGGGCUGACAUUGCCGAGUCCCAGGUCAACAAACUGCGGGUCAAGAGCAGAGAUGUCCACACAAAAGUUGUCAGUGAAGAGUGAUUCACUCUAUUGCUGAAAGGUGACCAAAGACACGCACAAAAUGUGUAGUUCUUUGUCACUGUGUUGUAUACCAGGGAAAUAAAAU